AUGAGUGAUUCUAAGCUAGUUAGUUUGAUUGUUGCAGACGGCAAAUCUGAAACGCCGAUCACUGAAUUGAAGCAGUACAUGGAUCAGAUGGACAGAGAGUUGUCCUCCACCACCCUGGGACAGAGCUUCGAGAAGAAAGUGGGCAAGGCCGCCAAAAAGGGAAUGGAAGACAGUUUCUCGGACAUUGAAAGCUUUGAGCCGGUGGACAUAGACAUGAACGCGCUGAAGAACAUCCUUGAGUCAUACCAGGCCGAGAUGGGCGGUUCUGGCCCCGCCUCCACGCUGCUUGGGCCAUGGGAGUCAAGCUCGACAAAAA